AUGAAUAAAACAGACGGAGACAUUUUGGAGGAGUUCAGGCAGAGGCGGCUGAAGGAGCUGCAGCAGCAAAUAACUCUAAAGGAAAUAACAGACGAGACCCUGCUUUGUAAAAAAACAAAAUCUGAAACCCUCAUAGUGCACUUCUACAACAAAAACUUCCAGCGGUGCAAAGAAAUGAACCGUGUCCUGGAGGAAAUAGCGCCCAAGUACCCUGCCGUCCAGUUUCUGUGCGCCGAGGCAGACAAGUUUCCGUUCAUAACCGAGCGGCUGGAAAUUAAGCAGCUCCCGUAUUUGGCCACAUUUAUGCAGGGAUACUUCACCGGGGGCAUAAUAGGCUUCCAGGACAUCGGGGAGGAGCAUCUUGAUAAAGGCUUGCUAGAGCAGUAUAUUGUGCAGUCUGGCCUUCUUGAUAAAAAGGCCUCUGAAAGUGACCAAUAG